UUGGUUACUAACUACUUACUUUUUCCAGGGACAUGCCGGGCUUGCUUUCAUCCUAUAUGCGCAAGAGAGAAGAAGCAUCAGAUGGAGAUAUGGGGAAAAUCUGGGCUUAAGAAUGUUGAGUUGCGUAUAUUUUGCUCGAAGCAUUCUAGAGUCAGAGGAAUCAGCUCCGUACACCAUGUCAAUGGUUUUGCUGAACAGGAUACCGCACAAGUUGGGCUGGAUGAUGAAAACUUUGCUCAAAUAAGAUCUAAACGCAAGAGUAAGGACAAAUUCAUGAACUUCACAUCCAUGAGCUCUAGUUUGUCCAGCCAAAAUAAAGCGCAGACAACAGAGCUGGUUACGUCAACAUGUGCUGUUAGAGGCACGGAAAGUCAACAAGUUCAAUGCACAAAUAUGGUUGUUGAUCAGCCUACAGGAGCUGGGAAUCUUGUGAGCAGUUCUGGUGAUGUUUCUACAUUUCUGAGAAAGCUAAUUGACCAAGGAAAAGUUAGUGUUGGUGAUAUACAAUCAGAACUGGGUCUCUCAUCUGAAUCGUUGGAAGCUGCUCUUGUGCCUGAAACAUCCACCUUCUCCCCUGGUCUAAAGUUGAAAAUCAUCAAGUUGCUGCAAAACUCUAUUCAUGUGCCUUCUGUUCAAGUGAAAUCUCUAAAAGAGGGUUCUGUGGCACCGGAAGGUAACAAACUAGAUGCAUUUGUGCGUACAACUAAGUGUGUGAACAGUAUGCUUGUUAAUUUUGCUGAUUCUUCACCCGGUUGUUCCUCAAGAUCUUUAUCUGGAUAUAAG